AUCUGAUUGGGCUAUGAGCUAAGUCUCAGGAGUACUUGCUCUAUAUAAGAGUGCCAAGUGACUCCCCAGCAGGGAGACACAGGGAGGGCGCAGGUUGCUGGGCUCUUCCUGCUGUUGAAAAUUCACGGGGCGCUCACAGCAGAAAUUUUCUUCCUCUCUUCUACCUCGACUGUUUUCCCCAACAUGAAGGCAAUAAGUUUAUUCAUCUUGGUGGGAUUUAUAGGCGAGUUCCCAGAUUUUUCAAGUGCCUCCUCUCCCGUCAAUUGCCAGUGGGAUUCCUUUGGCCCUUGGUCAGAAUGCAAUGGUUGUACUAAGUCUCAGACUCGCAGGCGGUCAGUUGCUGUUUAUGGGCAGUAUGGUGGCCAACCUUGCAGCGGCAGUGCUUUUCAAACACAGUCGUGUGAACCUACUCGAGGAUGUCCAGCAGAAGAAGGAUGUGGAGAGCGUUUCCGGUGUUUUUCAGGUCAGUGCAUCAGCAAAUCUUUGGUUUGCAACGGGGAUUCUGACUGUGAAGAAGAUAGCGCUGAUGAAGACAGAUGUGAGGACUCAGAAAGCAGACAUGUCUGUGACCUUCAUAAACCUCCUCCCAACAUAGAACUUACUGGAAAUGGUUACAAUGCACUCACUGGCCAGUUUAGGAACAGAGUCAUCAACACAAAAAGUUUUGGCGGUCAAUGCAGAAAAGUGUUUAGUGGGGAUGGACAAGAUCUCUACAGACUGAGUGGAAAUAUCCUCUCCUAUAAAUUUCAGGUGAAAAUAAAUAAUGAUUUUGAUUAUGAAUAUUACAACAGUAGCUGGUCUUAUGUAAAGAGUACAUCAGCAGAACAGUCAUCAUCUGGAAGGAAAAAAUUUUUGUUCAUAUUUUCAUCUUCUUCUUCUUCACACAAUUAUAAUUCAAAUUACAAUGAAAACCAGAAGAAAAAGAGUUAUCAAUUGUUGGUUGUUCAGAACACAGUGGAAGUGGCUCAGUUUAUCAAUAACAAUCCGGAAUUUUUACAACUCGCUGAGCCCUUCUGGAAGGAACUCUCCCACCUUCCCUCUCUGUAUGACUACAGUGCCUACCGAAAAUUAAUCGACACAUACGGGACACAUUAUCUGCAGUCUGGAUCCUUAGGAGGAGAAUACAAAGUUCUCUUUUAUUUGGACACAGAACAAAUGAAACAAAGUGGUUUCAGUUCAUCAACUAUGAAGAAAUGUUCUUCUUCAGAAAUUAAUUUUCUGUUUAAAUCCUCAAAGAGCAAAUGCAAGGACCUGGAAAAUGCCCUAAAACUGGCUUCAGGGACUCAGAACAAUGUGUUGCGAGGGAACCCAUUUGUCAGAGGGGGACAUUUAAAAUUUGUGUCUGGCCUUAGUUUCCUGGAGCUGGACAAUCCUGCUGGAAACAAACAACGAUAUUCUUCCUGGGCAAGAUCUGUGACUGAUCUUCCCCAAGUCAUAAAACAAAAGCUGACACCUUUGUAUGAGCUGGUAAAGGAAAUACCCUGUGCUGCCGUGAAAAGGCUAUACCUGAAACGGGCUCUUGAGGAAUAUCUGGAUGAAUUUGACCCCUGCCAUUGCCAGCCUUGUCAAAAUGGUGGCAUUGCCACUGUUGAGGGGACCCAGUGUCAGUGCCACUGCAAACCAUACACAUUUGGUGUGGCAUGUGAGAAAGGAGUCCUCGUAGAUGAUGAAGCAGGAGGGGUUGAUGGACAGUGGAAUUGCUGGUCCUCUUGGGGCCCCUGUGUUCAAGGGAAGAAAACAAGGAGUCGAGAAUGCAAUAACCCACCUCCCAGUGGGGGUGGGAAAUCCUGUAUUGGAGAAACGUCAGAAAGCAGGCAGUGUGGAGACGAAGAUGAGGAGCUGAAGCAUCUUCGAUUGCUUGAACCUCACUGUUUUUCUUUGUCUUUGGUUCCAAAGGAAUUCUGUCCAUCACCUCCUGCCUUGGAAAACGGAUUUGUUCAAGGUGAAGAGGCCAUGUUUCCUGUUGGGAAAAACAUAGUAUAUACUUGUAAGGAAGGGUACUCUCUGAUUGGAGACCCUGUUGCCAGAUGUGGAGAAGAUUUACAGUGGCUUGUUGGGGAAAUGCGUUGUCAGAAAAUUGCCUGCGUUCUACCUGCACUGAUGGAUGGCAUACAGAGUCAUCCCCUCAAAGCUUCCUACACAAUUGGCGAGAAGGUGACCUUUUCCUGUUCAGGAGGCAUGUCCUUAGAAGGUCCUUCAGUAUUUCUCUGUGGAUCCAGCCUUAAGUGGAGUCCUGAGAUGAAGAGUGUCCAGUGUGUGCAGAAAGAAGCCCCUUUAACACAGGCAGUGCCUAAAUGUCAGCACUGGGAGAAACUGCAGAAUUCAAGAUGUGUUUGUAAAUUACCCUAUGAAUGUGGAUCCUCCUUGGAUGUAUGUGCUCGGGAUGAGAGAAGCAAAAGGAUACUGCCUCUGACAGUUUGCAAGAUGCAUGCUCUCCACUGUCAGGGUAAAAAUUACAGUCUUAUGGGUAGGGAGAGCUGUACUCUGCCUGCCUCAGCUGAGAAAGCUUGCGGCCUGUGUCCACUGUGGGGAAAAUGUGAUGCCCAGGGCAGCAAAUGUGUCUGCAGAGAAGCAUCGGAGUGCGAGGAAGAAGGGAUUAGCAUCUGUGUGGAAGUGAAUGGCAAGGUGCAGACGAUGACGGAGUGUGAGGCUGGCACCCUGAGAUGCCGAGGGCAGAGCGUCUCCAUCACCAGCUUGAGGCCCUGCGAGGAGGGAACCCAGUAGGCUCCUGGGUGACCGUUGGCUUGCACAGAAUCCAGCAGCCCGCUGUGUCUGAGUGAAAACACUCACCUAACUGAACACUUUAGACCACUUCUCCAGCAUGGAGGCAUAUUCCUCUCUUUCCCCUCUGGUGUCCACUUCUCCCCUCAACUCCCAGCCACCUGCAUAUACACGACCCUUUGUUCUCCCAAACCUGAAUCCAGAUACUCUUUUUUCUUCUUCUUUUUUCAAAAUGUCAGUCAGGAUGAAGAAUAUUCAUGAACCUCUGUGUGAGCUAACUGUAUGUUCUUGGAAAAAUUACUAACUUCUCUGGACCUUGACUUUUUAAUCGGAAAAUUAGAGGAUCAGACUUGAGAAACUCGAAUACUCCAUUCAACCCUAUGAUUCUUUGAAGUAUGAUGGACUCUGCCCAGGGGCAAGAACACACUCUUCAAGAUGAUUAGGCAAACAGAUUAGAGAGGCUGGCUUCCCUUAGUGACACUGAAUACAAAGGGGACCUUGAAUGGAUAAAGACAGAUACCAUUAUUCUAUCCCAAAUAAUAAGCUCACGCUGCAUCCCAUUGACUCAAGUACCUCAUGUCGGGAUCCCUAAUCUUGUCGGGAGAUUAAACCACCGAAUUGUUAGAGUUGAAUUCAUCAUGCUUUAGUCGUGGGUACUGUCUGCCUUCUUGUCUGAGAAUGAAUACAGUGCAGUCUUCUCUAUGGGGCUUCUUUUAGUACUUGUCCAACACAAGACCUGCACUUUGCCUCCUAUCCCCUUUCCUUUUGUAGGAAGCAUCAGUUCAUGCCUAAGCUAUUGAGUGAUUCGUAUCUGCCAGAACAGUUUUCUCUUACUGUGGAUACAUGCCUAUAUUUUUCAGAGGGCUAUGAAAGUAGAUUGAAUUGAAGCAUUGGUGUUCUAUGUAUUCCUUAUUCAUUCCUCAUCAAAAUGAAAAAAAACAAACCACACCACAAAACAGCUGUGGGAGAUGAAAUGAGUGGGCUUAAUGGAAUUUAAAAUAUGCUUUUAUAUACAAAUAAUAUCUCUGUAUUUUUCUGAUACUAUAAAUACACUUUAACAAAACUUAAAAUUACCAUGAUUAAAAUACUCAUUAAA